CGGGCCCCGCCUCCCGGAGUAGAGGGACUGGCGCGUCGUUUCCGGGAGCCCGGCGCCGCGGGCACCUCUCAGGGAGUUUCAGAAGUCAACCUGGAGGCCCCCUCCCCACGAACUGAGGGUGAUGAUAAGUGAUGGCUCCCCUCCUCCCAGAGCCCAGAUGCCCAUCCAGCCUCCAAGCAAAGACACAGAAGAGAUGGAAGCAGAGGGUGAUUCGGCCACUGAGAUGAAUGGGGAGGAGGAAGAGAGCGAGGAGGAGCGGAGCGGCAGCCAGACUGAAUCGGAGGAAGAGAGCUCAGAGAUGGACGACGAGGACUAUGAGCGGCGUCGCAGCGAGUGCGUCAAUGAGAUGCUGGACCUGGAGAAACAGUUCUCGGAGCUCAAGGAGAAGUUGUUCAGGGAACGGCUGAGUCAGCUGAGGGUGCGGCUGGAGGAAGUGGGGGCUGAGAGAGCACCUGAAUACACAGAGCCUCUGGGGGGACUGCAGCGGAGCCUCAAGAUACGCAUUCAGGUGGCAGGGAUCUACAAGGGCUUCUGUCUGGACGUGAUCCGGAAUAAGUACGAAUGUGAGCUGCAGGGAGCCAAACAGCACCUGGAGAGUGAGAAGCUGCUGCUCUAUGACACGCUGCAGGGGGAGCUGCAAGAGCGGAUCCAGAGGCUGGAAGAGGACCGCCAGAGCCUGGACAUCAGCUCUGAGUGGUGGGAUGACAAACUGCACGCCAGAAGCAGCGCAAAGACCUGGGACUCCCUGCCACCCAGCAAGAGGAAGAAGGCACCUCUCGUUUCUGGUCCUUACAUCGUGUAUAUGCUGCAGGAGAUCGACAUCCUAGAGGACUGGACAGCCAUCAAAAAGGUGGGGCCAGUGCCACCUGCUUCCCUGGGACAGGUCCCCAUCCCUGAAAGCUUUGGCCCCUGCGGCCUCACCACACACGGGCUUCCUGAGGGCCUGGGAGCUCUGCUCAGCCCUCAGCACCUCCUGCCUUCUGCCCAGGUUCCUUGGCUUUGCUGUCAGCUCACAAGCUCCCCCACACACACCCAUUUGUUUUUAGAGAGAGGGAGAGAAAGUGCACACGUGCAUGCAAGUGGCACAGGGGUGGGAGGGCAGAGGGAGAGGGGGAGAGAGAAUCCCGAGCAGGUGCCAUGCUGAGCACAGAGCCUGAUGUGGGGCUUGAUCUCACGACCCUGAGAUCAUGACCUUAGCUGAAAUGAAAUCAAAAGUCAGACACCUAACCGACUGAGCCACCCAGGUGCACCCCACACAAGUCCCCUUUUGCCUGAGGCUUCCCUGCAGGAGGGACCUUUUAAUCUGUGUCAUUCCCUUCCUCCUUCCAGGGCAGGUUUUGAUGGGAUGGGAGGGAGGGAGGGUGAGAAGGAAGGUGGCUGGGCUGCCCUGGCCUGGCCUGGCUUGGCAUCUGUCAGGAGACCACAUCAGAGCUUUGCCCAGAAAGGGGCUUAUGCUCCCCACGCAUCUUGAUGCUGCACUGACCCAGCAGCGCCCCCGCCCCAGAGAAGCUGAUGUGGAGGAGGCUACUUGCCAAGUUGGAGGCGGGCUCUCAAGGGGGGCUUUUCUUCUUACC